UCUUUCAGAAUCCAAAAACCGCUACAUUAACCUCCCGAAAAGGGCGAAAAAGAAUAAUCUUCAACUUUCUAUGUGUUUCCCAGUAAUCCACAAAAAUUGCGGAGUUUGAUAUUUGUUCAAUCCGUAUCAAUUUUUUUAUAUUCGUGAAUUCAGCGUGCUAGCUAUAAUAUCCUCAUUUCCGUUCUAAUAAGUUCUAGUAGUCUUUUUCGAAUUUGGUUUCUUGAUAUUUUUGUGCUUGCUAAGAUUCCACUUUGCCGAAAAUGUGAAACAGAUAAUAAGAUAUUAUCUUGAUAAUAAAUCUCGAUUCACUUCACUGGAGUCGUGUAAUUAUUCCCUGAGCUUAAAGUUCGAUAUGAAUAAGUCUUUCGGGGGAGAAAAAUUAUCCUGGGUUGAUGCCACUGUUUUCCCAGGGAAAGUUUAUCUUUUGAGGGAAUUUUGGUGUGGAAUUGAUAGUCAAGAAAAUAUACCCAAAUAUCUCUUUCUGUGUCAUUUUUCUGAGUUCUUUUGUAUAGAAGGUUUACAUGAGUUUUGCUCUCUUAUUAUUCUUGCUCUAUCAAGUGUCUUACUCAUGUAAAUUGGAUGAUGUGUUCAUCUCUUGGACAAGCAAUAUCAAUUUUCAGCCAAUUAGAUAGAAUGUACUACGAUUCAUUGAUCAACUUCAUUUUGUACCUAUUGAGUUCACAUUCAAAUCAUGCUAAGUUGCGAGUUUUAGAACCAUGAAGGAUAUCAGCGGAGAUACUUCAAGAAAUCUAAAUGAAGAACAUCAAGAAGUUCAUUGCUCAAGAGAGAGGAGUCGAGCCGCCUGGAAGAUCAUAGAGGAGUAUCUUAUGCCUUUUGUGGAGAAAGAGAAAUAUCAACUUUCAAGCAGAUGCAGGCUUCAUCCAGGCAGUGAUUUGUUCAGGGACCAGGAGGAGCAUAAGAUUCAUGUUGACGUGAAUGAAUGGCGAUGUGGCUAUUGUAAGAAAAUCUUCCGAGCAGAAAAUUUUUUGGAUCAGCAUUUUGACAACAGGCACUACAAUCUUCUAAAUGUUAGUCAUGGCAAGUGCUUGGCAGAUCUAUGUGGAGCUUUGCAUUGUGAUUAUGUGAUCAAUUCACAAUCUCAUAAAUCCAAGUGUAAUCCAGCAGCUGCUGCAAGGAACCGUCACUUGUGUGAGAAUCUUGCAAACAAGUGUUUUCCUGUAAAUGAGGGUCCAUCAGCAAGUCGUCUACAUGAAUUUUUUUUACACCAGUUCUGUGAUGCCCAUACUUGCUCAAGAGGAGUAAAACCUUUUGCUCGGGGAGGCAAGAAGCACACCAGCAUAUUGCACUUGGCUGCUUCAGUGCUGAUUUUGAUGUUCCUUCCUAUAUUUUACGUAAUCGUGUUCUUUUCUCAGAGGGAUAAAAAAGGAUUGACGCAGCUGAAGCGCGUAGCAAGGCCUGGGAGAAAAUCAAAACCCUCUUGAUGGCAAUUAACUUUCUCUACUCUUGCAACAUAGGAGCUGAGCUGACUGUUUGAUACCCCCAGAAAAGGGUGAUGAUGUGUGAAGGAUUAUUGGCAUCAUUCAUUGUGACAGAAAAGAAAUGAGCAGAGUGCAGAAUCUUCAGUUGAGAUGUGUUCACCAAGAAUGCAAAGACUUCUCGUGGAGAUGGAACGAUGGAAAAUUAAAUGUUACUUUUCUUUUUGUAUUAUUGUUCUUUUCAAAUUGUUGUAACACUCCAUUCACUUGUAGACUAGAUAAAAUAUCUAGGGCCCUGUAUAAUGUUUUUGAUUGUAUUUUGUAUAUCAAGCGUACAAAACCCACAGAUUUUUUGUUUCU